AUGGCAGACAAGCGUAUAGGGAACAGUCGAGUGAAUAAGGCUAUGUUUGCACGAUCAAUACCCUUCUGGCGUUUGAUCACAGAUCAAGGUGUAAUCACACAGGAUGUCUUAGACCAUCCGUACCCUGGACAGGGUACUGAACAGGAUCCCUUUGUCAUCUCCUGGAUCCCCGACGACCCCCGGAAUCCGAUGGAAUUCUCGUUGCGAAGGAAGAUUGGAAUCACCCUCGUUGUUUCUACCGCUACCUUAGCUGUGGCGGUUGGCUCGUCAGGAUAUACUGGGUCCACCCAGCAAGUGAUGGAAUAUUUCCGCAUUGGAACAGAGGUGGCUACUCUGGGUCUUUCCCUUUUCGUUCUGGGGUUUGCUCUCGGGCCACUGAUCUGGGCUCCUCUGAGCGAGCUCUUGGGGCGGCAGAUACCAUUUUUUAUCUCUUUCGGCGCUAUGGCAGCCCUACUCGCUGGAUGUGCUGCUGCACAGAACAUCUGGACGCUCUUAAUCCUUCGAUUCCUUGCGGGGGCGUUUGGGUCUUCUCCCUUGACAAACGCUGGUGGUGUGAUCAGUGACAUGUUUACUGCCCGACACCGUGGCUUGGCCCUUAGUCUGUUUGCAGCCGCUCCGUUUAUGGGACCUGCGCUUGGUCCUGUAAUCGGUGGGUUUCUGGCAAUUAAUGCUGGCUGGCGCUGGGUAGAAGGACUCCUGUCUGCUUUCGCUGGGUUACUAUGGGUUAUCAUGGCUGUUCUUGUGCCCGAGACCUAUGCACCUGUUCUACUCCGUCGACGAGCUGAAAGGUUAUCAUUGAUGACUGGGCAAGUUUAUCGAACAAAACUCGACGUUGAACAAGAAGGAAGGACCUCACUGAGGGAUAUGGUAUCUAGGUUCCUAUCUCGGCCGUGGAUCCUGUUAUUCCAAGAACCGAUCGUGCUUAUCCUUUCUAUCUACAUCGCUAUCAUCUAUGGAGCCUUGUUUAUGAUGUUCGGUGCUUUCCCUAUUGUCUAUCAACAGAACCGAGGCUGGAACGAGGGUCUAGGGGGACUUUCAUUCAUGGGGAUUAUGGUUGGUAUGAUCAUUGCUAUCAUUUACACUAUUCCAGACAACAAGCGAUAUCUGAAAUCCACGGAUCGACACGCAGGCUUUGCUCCUCCAGAAGCGCGCUUGCCCCCGGUAAUGCUGGCAGCAAUCUGUAUCCCCGUGGGCCUGUUUUGGUUUGCCUGGACAAACGAUCCAUCUAUUCACUGGAUGGCGAGCAUUGCUGCUGGCGUGCCGUUCGGGUUCGGAAUUAUCCUCAUAUAUCUUGGGACAACUAGCUAUCUGAUCGAUUCCUAUACCAUCUUUGCUGCGUCUGUCUUAGCUGCCAAUUCAGUGCUUCGAUCGCUAUUUGGAGCAGCUUUCCCAUUGUUUACAACAUAUAUGUACAAGGGGUUAGGUAUCCAUUGGGCUUCGUCUAUCCCUGCGUUCUUGGCACUGGUGUGUAUGCCGUUCCCCUUUCUGUUUUAUCGGUACGGAAAGUCGAUCCGAGAACGCUGCAAGUAUGCUGCGCAGUCUGAAGCAUAUAUGCAACAGCUUCAACAAAAUACAAGAGAGCGACUCAAUAUAAGUGAGUGCGAAUAA